AUGUUAUUUACUUUGGUCAGUCAACUGACAUUCUCAAAACUUCGUGUCAGCCCUCAUUUCACAAAACUGUCUUAUAUAUUCGCAAGACGUUAUGUCAGAAAACGGCAGAAUUGGUACGAGUCUUUUGACAAAGAUGAAGGUGAAAAGAAUAAACCCGAGGAGAUUGACCUCCUCUACGGUCUAAAUGUAGUCUUGCCAGCUAUUGAACAGUCUCGGCGAACGAUGUACGCAUUAUACUACAAAGAUUCUACGCUAUCUCGAAAAAGAGACGAUCCAGCCACGGAUCGCAUUUUCUUUCUCGCUGAGAAGCACUCUAUCCCGACAAUUCGCAAGAGCCCCUAUGAACUAAGCAAACUCACCGAGGACAGACCACACCAAGGCUUUGUUCUGGAAGCAUCACGGAUCAAACCAAUUCGUAUAACUACACUGGAUAAACUAGGGAGAACUGGGUAUAGAAUACUUUCGCCCGGCAAUAAUUCGAUAGGAAUGCGGCUGUCAACUCGGAGAUUUCCUCUCUGGAUUGCUUUGGAUCAAAUUGUUGAUCCGCAGAACCUUGGUGCUAUUAUGAGGACGGCAUAUUUUAUGGGAGUCGAUGGGUUCGUCAUGUGCACCACGGAGAGUGCGCCUCUUUCAGGCUUCGCAUCGAAAGCCAGUGCAGGAGUUCUUGAAGUUAUGGACAUUUAUGAUACCGAUAGAAUGGAUAGAUUUCUGGAGACAUCAUCUCGUAAUGGGUGGAAGGUAUUCGGAUCGGUAUCUCCCGAAAAUGUUGAUGCGACAUCAAUAGUUGACCUGUCUCCACCUGUACAAUUGCAACCAUCAAUUCUAGUUCUCGGUGGUGAAGGAAAGGGAUUACGACCGUUCAUUCGCAAUGUGUGUCAAGAGAUGGUUUAUAUCCCGUCACUAGGUGAACGAGGAUUGUUGCACGUUGACUCCUUAAAUGUCAGCGCAGCGGCAGCAGUCCUGAUUUACAAAUUCCUCCUGGGUUAA